GAUCUAGUCUAUUGGCAGACAUUCAUAGUAUCCGGAAUACAGCGCGCGCUGUCAUAUCGCAGCUACCAGUUGGAGGAACUGGAGCUGAGAUUGGUGGGAAAGGAAGAAAAGUUACAAACAUGGCAGGAUUUUCGUCAACUUCUCGUCUUUUACAGCGUAGACAGCUGUCAAACAUUUUGAAUUUGAUCAAGAAACAGAGUAACUUUGCUGCUGUUCGAGUGUCAACGCCUAAAGUUUUGGCAACGUUACAUGGAAAAUCGUCAUGUUCGAAAGCCCAAGGCCAGAAAGAUUUCCGUCGCCAUGACAGUAACUGUGUAAAGAGGACAGAUCUAAACUUUGAUGACAUCCUGACACUCCUGGGAACCGGGAAUUUACAGCUAAUUGAUGUUCGGGAACCCAACGAGCUUGUCCAGCAGGGCGAGUUUCCUUCAGCUCUUAAUAUACCACUCAGUUGUCUGAAAGAAAGUCUAUUGUUAAAGGACGACCGCUUCACAGAACUGUUCAACACGCCUAAACCCAGGCCACACGACGAAGAUAUUGUCUUUGUUGGCUUCGGACCAAUCAAAAGCAACACAGCUCUGGAAAUAGCACAUAAAAUGGGAUUCAAAAAAGCUAGACAGUAUGCAGGAGGGUUUAAAGAAUGGAUGGAGAAGAAAGAAGAAAGUCAGAUAUGAUGUAAAGUUGGGUACAAAGACUGGGAGGCUCCUUAUGUGAUCACCUGAUAGGAUGUGUUUGGUUAUAGCUUGAAGACCAUCUGGAUAAGGAUGUGUUUGGUUAUAGCUUGAAGACCGUCUGGAUAAACUUGAUUAUCAAAGAAAAAAUGUUAAUGUCAGAAAUUUCCUAAUUGUAUGCAUCCAGGAAACAAAUCUUACAGAUUUUUUUCUUUAUUUUCAAAUUCAUGUACAUGUAUACCAGCGGUAACCUUGAUCAAAUGUAUGUUGAUUCUAGUAUGAACAUAGGCCUACCCAGGCUUUGAUGGUCCAAUCGAAAUCUCCAACAAACAAUGCCUAGAGAAUCGGGGUGUAUUAUUGUCUCUGGUAGUAAGCACAAUUCACCAUUACCAUGAUGUCUGCACAGACAAUAGUUUUAGCUUUCUAUCUUCAUUCAUUGCCUUUUGUGCCCAUAAAUUGAGGGCAAAGUUGUCAUUUUGUCUUUUUUUUUUUUUGAAAUGUAAUAAUUUAAUAUUUUGAUUUUUGAAUGUGACGAAAUCACAUACCUUGCAUACAUUAUGUUCUGCUACAUUGCUUUGUAGUUGCGGUUCCAGGUCAGCAGGAUUUUUUAGCCAGUUAUACAUUUUUCUCAUAAUAGACUUUGUACUGCCUAAGCUCUGAUAUUAAACGUAGUUAUUCUGGAUUACUCAGGAAACCUGUGAUAUGUGAAAUACUUCAGUGAUUAAAAAAAAAUGGAAAGGUAAACAUUUUAUUUAAGGAAGUUUCAUUGAUGAAUUUACUUUGAAUCUACAGUAUAUAUUUCAUGUUCUUUUUCUUUCUUUUCGAAAAGGACAUAAAUAUGUGGAUAUUUUUUCAUCAGACACAUGAAUUUGACAGUUCUCUUUCAGAAGCUGUUAACCAUUCCCUUGGAAAUGAAUCUUCAGAAUGCUUUCAAUUUUUUCUGAUUAUUUACUUGAAGAUAUGAAGAGUUAUCUCCCUUGUACUAUCUUUUUGAGGCUCUUCCAGAUGUAUUGUGUGUAGGGUGUAAGAUAAUUAAUUACAUAGGCCAAUUGUUGGUAGGAAUGACAAAAGCAGUCACUCGAACCACAAGGUAUUUGAUUCUGGAAUAGCCAGAAACAGAGAUACCACAGGUCUCUUCCAGAACAAACGUGUCAAACAUUUACAUAAUCAUUCCGAGAAACUAUCAUAUCACUGUCUAAAUCAUGUUUUUAUUUCUGCCUAUCUUAUUCUCUGUUUUUUCCAUAACUGAUAUUAACUGAUAUUCAGUGUCAACGUUUCCUUCAGGUUUUACGAUUUGUGCAAUUUUCCUCUUGAUGUUGCAUAUGAUGGCAAUUUUGAUUGAGCCAAAGAAUAAUAUUGUUUUGAUGUAUCCAGAAGAUGUGUAAUAAUUCUUGUAUGGCUUGACCAAUCAGGUCCGGCUUGACCGUUAUGUUACAGCUUGACCGUCCUGGUCAAUUUGACCGUUCUUGUAAAUCUUGACCAUUGUGGCACAGCUAGAUUCUGAUGUAUCAAUUUGUAGAGGUUUUACAUUAGAGAUUUAUUAAGUACUUGUAUCUAUCAAUGCAGUGUUUAAGAGUGAGUCUGUAAAGUUUUGUCCAGUACUGGGAAUUAACUUUUGCAGUAAUCAGAAUAACCAUUGUUUACACAUAUCUAUUGUACAUUGUAUUCCCUAUUUAGAGUGCACUGUAUUCCAUGAUCUCUGUUGAUUUUUUGUUCCACCAUUUUUAGUCUCAUUAGAAUAGAUAAUCAUUUCCAAGUUUUACUGUUUUAUAAGUAAAUCCAUGGUCAGUAUUACCAACCUGUCAUCAAUUGUCCCUGGUUCGAUGUAGUCCUACAUAAUAGUAGAGACAUACUGUUGAUUACUUUGGCUACACUAUUUACCAGCUUGUUAUAUCAUUUAUGUCUCCCCUGAUGCCAUUUUGUUUUGGCUUCAAAUAGUGCUAGAAUUUGUCACAAGUAGAAUUUAUACAUAGCAUGCCAUAUGAUAUUGAAUGUUUUGUUCAGAAAAUGGGACCAAAGUGGAUUUUAUAGAAAAGUGUCCUGUUUGAUUCAUGAAAGUACUACAAUGUAUUUAUGCAGCAAUAAGCCAAUGUCUCUGUUGGGUAGAAAAGCUACCAAAUGCUGUUUUAUCCUGAAAUAAGUCUACACCCCACUUUGAAUACAAUUUUAUGUGUUGGUCGUCUGGGGUUAUUACAGGCUAAAUACAGUUUUAUUUACUUUCUCCAUCAAAGAGGGAAAAUAUUGAUUUUUAGGUUCCCUUGGAUAUUUCUUUCUGUUGGUAAACAGGGGAACCAAGUAAUUAUGGAUUUUGUUGAGAAGUUCACAGUUUUUCAUUCUGAUCUAUCAGAGUUACUUCCCUUCGUUUCACUAUGUCAGUACAUGGUGUAGCAAUAGUUUGACAGCCGAUGUGGGCCGAGAAUGGCAGUGUUUAUGCCUGGUUAGACUUACAAGUUUGAAAGACGUUUUUAUAAGAUGAAGCAUUGGUGCCUGGUGAUCAUCAGAGAUGUUUACCAUACGAUUUAUGGAGAUUUGAUGCCAGAAAUAUUUGUUCCAUGUGCCUAUGUCCCUAAUGUAAUAUAUUUUAAUGUGUAACAGGUAAAAAAUGUUUCUUCGUCCAUAUAUGUUGGGAGAUUGAGGGCCUAAAACUGGUUGAUAGAAAUUCUUCUGUCUAAUAUGUAAUAUUUUUGUCUGCCAUAUUGUAUUUAUUGUCUUGUCAUGAAUACCCAGUUAAACUGCCAGGGCUGAAACAGUUGUCUCCUUAAAUCAAACCUCAUUCAAUUUGUAUUACUGUUAUUGUUUAUAUCUUAACUUCUUACUUUGUAACAGAAAAUAUCUUGUUAAGUCCGUAUUUAAUUCCCUAAUGUGUAUGUGUGUUGUAUGUUGACAUGUUGGAGGAUCACCAUAUCUACAGUAUACAGUACUCUGUAAUCUAACCAAAUGUACUCAAUGUAAACAAGCAUUAUUAUCAUUGAUAUAUUCAAAUGUGAAUUAUGUAUUUCCAAAUAAAUUUGUUAAUGGUGAAAUUAUU